UUAUGUUCUGGUGCGAUGUGUGAGGCAAUUGAUGUUGAAUGAUUAUUAUAGAAAUGUAGAAAUCAGAGCUCUUUGAACUUUCCGAUUGGUCUAACUAUUAACAACUUUGACAGUUCAUUGAUGUAACAGUCUUAUUCUGAAAAAUCAUGCAUCAACUUAAUACAGAAUUGUGCAUGAGACUGUCAGGUGUGUUUGGUCCCCAUGUAAUUAUUAGUGUAUAAAAAUUUGUAAUCAUCCAUUUUAUGAACCUUUCAGAGAAUAUUGGACGGAGUAAAAAUUAAAGUACAGCUAUGAUGUAACCACGUAAUCUCACGUACUGCAACUGCGAGUUAAGCAAAGUUGGCGAGUUCGGGCAAAGCGAACCGUAGUUGGAUUGGUAUCAAGAAGAUAGGUGUGUUUUGUAGUUUACCAUUUAUUAUGGUGCAAAUGGAAGAAGAAAGAGAGAAUGUGAUUUUGAAAUAGUCCAAAACAGGUGUCAAAGGACACGAUGAUUUUGAAUCUGCAGAAAGUUGUAACAGUGUGAGACUUUGGAACCAGUCAUGAGCCAUAGCACAGUGGAGGGAAGAACAACAGAUACAACAGUGGUCCUCAGGGAAGAGAGCUCCAAGCUUGCAAUUAGAAAACAUCAGCAUGAUUCAGCAAUUAACAACAAAGAAGUUUUUCAGAAGCUGUCAAACACAGAGCAAGUGGUGACAAGUAUGAUUGCUGGGGCAACAGCGGGUGCAGCUGCUAAAACCACAAUUGCACCACUGGACCGCACAAAAAUAAAUUUUCAGAUCUCAGAGUCUCGAUACUCUGCAAGAGAAGCUUUACGCUUUUUAGUCAACACUUAUCGAAAUGAAGGUUUGCUUAGCCUGUGGCGUGGUAAUUCUGCAACUAUGGCACGCAUCAUUCCCUAUGCUGCAAUCCAGUUUACUGCACAUGAACAAUGGAAGAGGGUCCUUCGUGUGGAUGUCGACAAAAGCCAUAAGACUUCUCCUUUCAUGAGGUUCCUAGCUGGCUCACUAGCUGGAGUCACCUCACAAUCUCUCACCUACCCCUUGGACCUGGCCCGAGCUCGGAUGGCUGUCACUCAUAAAGAACAGUACCGGACAUUACGAGAAGUGUUUGUUAAAAUCUGGUACGAAGAAGGACCACAUGCUCUGUACCGAGGUUACUUACCGACUGUUCUCGGCGUAAUUCCCUAUGCUGGCGUUAGUUUUUUCACAUAUGAUACUCUAAAAAGGAAGUACAUGGAUUAUACUGGCAGUACAAGUAAACAGGCUGGUCCUCUUCCGAGUCUUGCAUUUGGUGCCAUAGCAGGGAUGUUGGGGCAGUCUUCUUCUUACCCUCUAGAUAUUGUAAGACGUCGUAUGCAGACUUCACCUAUAUCUGGCACACAGUACAAGACGAUUCUUGGAACACUCAAGAAGAUAUACAGGUACGAAGGUAUUCGUGGAGGUUUCUUCAAGGGCCUUAGUAUGAAUUGGGUUAAAGGGCCAGUUGCUGUUGGAAUUAGCUUUGCAACUUAUGACUCAAUAUGUGAUGUAUUACGUCAAAUUGUAUCACUGUGCCAUUAAAUGGUUCAGCGUUGUCACAUAUUACAACAUUCAUUCUGCUUUUGAACCUGUCUAAACUUGUGUUUUCAAUUUAAAUUGUCAGUAAGUUGUGUUAUAUACUUUUUCAAACUACACAAUAGCUGAGCAGGAAAGCCCAGAGCAUGAUGAAUGAUGUAACAUUUAUUUAAUAUUUUGUUACUUCCUGUGUAAGGUAUAAAUAUUUCUAGAAAGGAAUGAUGUUGUCAAUUUAUUGGAUAUGUUUGAUGGAAAAUAUGAUGCAGUAACAAACCAUCGUGACAAGUUGAAUUCACGACAUUCACGGAUGUUUCUACAGUGUUGUAGUCAUAUGAUGUACUUCCUGGUAAUACUUUUGGCUUCUUCAGUUCCAUGACCAAAGGCAUAAUUUAUAAUUUACUACCAGAUGUGUUCAGUCUUCAUAAUGGCAUGUUUGUUUUUAAGUAUGUUUAUGGAAUUGCAGGUGGAGUGGCCAAAAUGUCUGUACUUUAACACUUGUUUGUAUAGCCCAAAAAUUUGUUUAAACAUUGUUUUACCAUAACAUCCAUUACUUGAUGUAUCCGAACAUAUUUUAAUUGAUACCUUCCAAUCAACAACUAUAUUCUACGUUAGAUGAAUCUGACAUUUCUUAAAUUAGCGAUUGAUCGGUCUUUGAUGUCCCCAUGAAUGGUCUGUGAUGACUUUUCUUAGCCUCUGCCAAACGUAUGCAGGUGUAGGUUCCAUUUCUGAGGUCGGACACUAAUACGGUGGAUUCUGUUACCCCCAGUCGUUGGGUAGUUACGAAGAUGAUGGUCGGUAGAUGUGACCUGAAUUUUAAUGUAGGCUGCAAACCAUUGUGGGGGCCUGAUCACUUCAGUCUGGGUGCAGAAAAAUCCACACAGAUUUCACCGAGGAUCAAACGCAUAAACUUGGAGAGUCCAGCUUCUUGCCUCAUGGUCACAAAGUACCGGUUUUUGUUAAGAGUUGACAUUCCUUGCAUUGAAAUUGUUUGAUGUAAAUUUAUGUAAGUCGUGUAUUGUUUUGAGUUUCAACUCAAAUUCCACUUCACAUUGUUAGUAGAAUUUUCUCACUACUAC